CUACUCUUCACACAUUUUCUCAUCUCUCUCUAUCAAUUCACUUUUCGUGCUUCCAAUGACUGAGUAAAUCUACGAUUCUUUGUUCAUUCAUUUCAUAGAAAUUCACGUUUAACUCUCUGCGUGCUCCUUGAUCCAUUUGAGUUCACUAAUGGAAUCGAAGAACGGAAUUUUAGAAUUAGGUCGAUUCGUUUUUCCUUUCACUUCUAUUAUUGAUUCGAUUGUGCAAUUGCAAAAUGCAAAAACUCUUUGGUUUUUCUCGUGUUUUGACUUUUUCGAUACUGUUGCUAAUUACUUUUUUCGAAAUUGCAAGGUUAUGCUGUGAGGGAGUUUUCCAAACAGGGCAUUAAGCCAGGGGAGUUGGCUAUCAUUUCCAAAGAAGUGGUUGGGAGUGUGAUAAAGAGUCCAGAAAUAUCUGGUCUUGUUCCUACUCUACUUAAGGGACUUUGUCAUCCUAAAGAGCAUACAAAAUAUUCCCUUAAUAUUCUUCUUCAAUUGUGGUAUCACUUGCUAAACAAUGGGCAUUUGAAGAACCUUCUGUGGAGACAAUAACUGGUGAAAAUGUUUUGACAUAGCCACAUGUGAAAUGGCCUCUAUCAAGUUCCUCAACUUGACUUGCACGGGAAUAUGCUUGAAGAUCCCAAUGGUAGUGAUGAGCAUCUUGAAAGGAAGAUUCUAGAUCCUGAGCGCUUGAGUAGGGUGGAAUCAAUUUUUGGCAAUCUUUCAGAAACCAUCAAAAUAUAUGGUCCUUGGUCUUCUGCAUGGGUAGGAGAAGCUGGAGGGGCAUACAACAGUGGUGGCAAUCAUGUUUCUAACAGAUUUCUAAACAGCUUUUGGUACUUAGAUCAACUUGGAAUAGCAUCCUGCUACAACACUAAAGUCUAUUGCAGGCAGACUUUAAUUGGAGGGAAUUAUGGCCUUCUCAAUGCCACCACCUUUGCUCCCAAUCCUGACUACUACAGUGCAGUUUUGUGGCAUCGGUUAAUGGGAAAGAAGGUUCUUGCGAUCUCAAGUGAUGUUCAUAUUAAAGACUUUUACCUACAGUUAGAAAAUCAGGUCUGAAUGCGUUUAUUCAAGAUACUUUCAUUUUGGAGCAGUAGUUUAUACAAAACAGUGAAGGGGCUGCUAAUUACACCUGUCUUUUUGUUCUUUUAUUGCUCUUAUAUAUAUUGGUAAAAAUACUGUGUGAAAAUUAGUUUCUGUUUUUAUAUGAUUGCAUAAAGAAAAUUUAUUUUUGUUUGUAUUGUAGGUUUAGCUCUCCCUAUGGCGAGGAACUAACUACACAAUAGAA